GUAUUGAUCCAGGAACGGGGACGUCUAUAAUGUUGGAAAUGGCUCGGGUUUUGAGUAUUUAUUCAAAAGAAACUGGUUGGAGACCAAGAAGGACAAUAAUUUUUUGUCAAUGGGAUGCUGAGGAAUUUGGCCUUAUUGGGUCAACAGAAUGGGUAGAACAAAAUUUGCUUCAAUUAAAACAAAGAGCUGUCGCUUAUAUUAAUUUGGAUAAUUUUAAUGGAAAUAUGACACUUAAUAUAAAGGCUGUGCCCCUUCUAUAUAGAUUAAUUGUGGAUGUGGCUUCUAGGCAAUUUUUCUAA